CACCAGCAAUGCCACGCACCUUCUGCCCGCACCAUGCCCAAGCCCACUGCUGACUGGGAAAGGGUCGGCGACCGCUUCUAUCGCAAGGUCCAGCUCUACACCGACGUCUUCGACCAGGACCUCGAACUAGAAAACUACCUCGUCGUCGGCGCUCCAUAUAGCGGUGCUGUAGCCAUCUACCGCGAUGCAGACAAACUGCACACCUACCGCGGCGCCACCGCCGCCAAGUCCAGCAUAGACAUCUACUCCUGCUCCGGCAAGCUCAUCCGCCGCAUCAACUGGGACAAGGGUGCCAUCAAGGGCCUGGGCUGGUCGCUCGAGGAAAAGCUGCUUGUUGUGACUGAUGACGGCACCGUGCGCUGUUACUACGACCUGCAGGGCGACUUUGUCCCCUUCACCCUCGGCCACGGCGCCGAAGACGUCGGCGUCAAGGCCUGUCGUUUCUGGUCGUCGGGAUUCGUCGCCCUGCUCAACAACAAUCACCUCGUGUCCGUGUCCCGCUAUGAUGAGCCGCGCCCAAAGCUUCUUGCUAUUCCUCCGGAAGAGCCCGUCGAGUCGUGGGCAUUGAUUCCUCCUACCGAGACUCUUUCUCGCUCCGUUGAGGUCCUGCUAGCCAUUGGCCAGACCAUAUAUCUUGUAGAUGCCACAGACUGCGAGGAUCGGCAGCUGCAGAAAGGCCCCUUUAGGCACACCAGUGUCUCGCCCAAUGGCAAAUGCGUUGCCCUCUUCACGGAAGAUAGCAAGGUCUGGGUGGUCAGCAGUGACUUCCAGAACAAGCUCAGUGAAUAUGACUCCAGAGCCAAGACUGUGCCCAAGGACAUGCAAUGGUGCGGUAACAGUGCCGUUGUGCUGGGCUGGGAAGACGAGAUUCAUGUCGUCGGGCCCAAUGGCGCUGCGUCCAAGUUUUUCUACGAUAGCUGGGUGCACCUCAUCCCCGAUGUUGAUGGUCUCCGCGUGCUUACGAACGAUGUCUGCGAGUAUCUGCAGAGGGUCCCUAAUGUCACCGAGGAAACUUUCCGAUUGGGCUCGACAUCGCCAGCUGCCGUGCUCCUCGAGGCGGUGGACCACCUGCAGAAGAAGUCGCCGAAGGCGGACGACAUGAUCCAACUCAUCCGGCCGAAUCUUACCGAGGCGGUAGACGCAUGCAUUGAGGCUGCCGGCCACGAGUUUAGCAUCCACUGGCAAAAGCAACUCUUGAAGGCUGCCUCCUUUGGUAAAUCAGUGCUGGACCUAUACAGCAGCGAUGAUUUCGUCGAAAUGUGCGAGACGCUCCGCGUGCUGAACGCGAUCCGGUUCUACGAGAUUGGUCUUCCUCUUUCCUACGAUCAAUAUCUCCGUCUCACGCCCGAGAAGCUCAUCGAGCGUCUCAUCAACCGCCAUGAGUACCAACUGGCGUUGAAGAUCUCGGAUUAUCUUCACCUACCGACGGACAGGAUAUACGUGCAUUGGGCGAGCCAGAAGGUCCGCGUCUCCAACGACGACGAAGAGAGCAUCUGCCGGAUGAUCGUGUCCAAGCUGGCCGGCAAGCCAGGCGUGUCUUUCGAAGAGAUUGCACGCUCCGCCUACGACGAAGGGCGUGCGCGCCUCGCCACCGACCUACUCAACUACGAGCCGCGGGCCGGGAAGCAAGUGCCACUGCUGCUCGACAUGAAAGAAGACACAAUCGCGCUGGACAAGGCGAUCGAAAGCGGAGACACGGACCUAGUCUACCACGUCCUGCUGCACCUCAAGAAGCACCUCACGCUCGCGUCCUUCUUCCGCACCGUAACGACGCGCCCCGUCGCCACAGCCCUAGUCGAGUCCUCCGCCCUCGACGCCGACCGCGACCUCCUGCGCGACCUCUACUACCAAGACGACCGACGCCUCGACGGCGCCACGCUGCUCAUCUCCGACGCCCUCGCCCAAGCGACAACAGCCGCACGCAGCGAGAAGCUCAAAUCCGCCGCGAAGCUUUUGCACGACAGCCGAGAGCAGACUUUCGCCGUCAAAGCGCUCGACGAAGCACAACGCCUGCUCAAAAUGCAAGAAGCCUUCGAGAAAGACCUGGGGCCCGGGUACGUGGGCCUCGCGCUCAACGAGACGCUCUUCCGCCUCAUGCGCGCCGGCCACGCCAAGCGCGCCGCGAAACUGCAGGCCGAGUUCAAGAUCCCGGAGAAGACGUUCUGGUGGGUGCGCCUGCGCGGCUUGGUCGCUAAGCGCGACUGGACGGAGCUCGAGGAGCUGAGUAAAGGCCGCAAGAGCCCCAUUGGCUGGGAACCCUUUUUCAAUGAGUGUUUGGGCGCGGGCAAUACGCGUACCGCGGCUCUCUUUAUCCCCAAGUGUACUGCUGUCGGCUAUUUGGAUCGCGUUGAGAUGUGGGGGAAGUGCGGCAUGGUGGUUAAGGCUGCGGAGGAGGCGUUCAAGGCUAAGGAUUUGGAGGCGCUGUUGGAGUUGAAGGGGAAGGCGCAGGGGGGCGCCGUGCAUGAGGUUGAGCGGCUGGUGGGGCUUUUGAGGCGGUAGAUGCGUUGGGGUUUGAUGCGGCUGCGUAUGUAGAUGUGGUUAUGCGAAAUGAGAAAUGUUGCUCAUGCG